GAGAUAUAAAUGUUUUAAGACAUAUUUUAAAGAUGGUAAAAAGUCAAACGGGUACUAUAUUCAGGAAAUAGCCUAAACUACACACAACCGUAGAAUUAGGGCCUAUUCUCAUUGAUUAAACUGAACUUAUUAAAGCUAAACUGAAAUUAAACAAAAUUGAACUCAAAAUAAUCGUACGAAUACAUGCCCUUAGAUUUGUGCGUACCCACACCCACAUCCAAACCCACACCGUAUUUCCGUAUACAAAAAAAAAAUCCGUAAUCGUACAGCCGCCGUUAACCAAUUUUUAAUUGCCAAAAAAAAACCUACGAAACAAAACUCAGACUUGAUUGACGGAGACUACUCCCUCUCCCCUCGACCGUGACGGAACCUUUCCGUUUCUGGCAAUUUCUCUCUCCUCCUUCGACAACGACUCCCUCACUUUUCACUCUCUCUCACUCCUCCUUUUCUCCCUCUUUCCUCCCUUCCUUCCUCCUCCCCCCCCCCUUUUUCUCUCUCCUCUUUCCAGAACCAAACAACUUCCUCUAGCCGACACCAACACUACAGUAGAAAGAGAAAACUUAGAGAGAGAAAAUCCUAGAAAGAGAAAUUUUCAACUCAAUUUUUUUUGGCGUUUUUUUACCAGCUGAUUGAUAGAUUGAUGAUGAUGAAAACGAUGUUUCAGCUCCAUUGAAUGAAUGUAGCAUCAUUCUCAGAAAUUUUACCAGCAGAAGAAAAUUCAGCAAUGCCAGAGGAUAUUCAAUUGAUUCGCGAGGAAGAGAGGGGGAGAAAGUCGGAGAUUGAGGUUUCUGAGGAUGAGCCAAUCAGACGAACGAGGAUCAAGAGUUUGAGGAAGAAAGCGGCGAGUGCUUCGACCAAAUUGGCGCAUGGCCUCAAGAAGAGAGGCAAACGAGUGGCGGAUUGUAAAUUCGCCUCGAUCGCAAUCGAUGAUUUUAGGGAUGAGAAGGAGGAAGAGGCUGUUGAUGCGUUUCGGCUGGUUUUGGUGGAGAAAAAUAUGCUUCCACAUCAUUUGGAUGAUUAUCACACCAUGCUUAGAUUUUUGAAAGCAAGGAAGUUUGACCUUGAUAAAACUAUCCAUAUGUGGGAAGAAAUGAUCAAAUGGAGGAAAGAAAAUGGAGUAGAUACUAUUGUACAGGAUUUCUACUAUGAAGAAUUCGAUGACGUACAGCGACACUAUCCCCAUGGUUAUCAUGGAGUAGAUAAGGAUGGACGACCUGUUUAUAUUGAAAGACUUGGCAAGAUUGAAACUGCCAAGCUUAUGAAUGUGACCACCAUAGAGCGUUUUUUAAAGUAUCAUAUACAAGGAUUUGAAAAGGCUUUUGCAGAGAAAUUUCCAGCUUGUUCCAUCGCUGCCAAGAGACAUAUUGAUUCUACAACUACAAUAUUGGAUGUUCAUGGGGUGAACUGGAUGAGCUUUGGUAAAGUUGCUCUUGAUCUUAUUAAGAAUAUGCAGAAAAUUGAUGGUGACAAUUACCCUGAGACAUUGCAUCAGAUGUUUAUAAUAAAUGCUGGUGCUGGAUUCAAGAUGAUAUGGUCUACUGUGAAAAGCUUUCUUGAUCCGAGGACUACCUCAAAGAUUCAUGUUCUGGGCAGCAAAUUCCAUAGCAAGUUGAUGGAAUUUGUAGAUCUCAGCCAAUUGCCUGAGUUUGUUGGUGGGACUUGCUCUUGCCCUGGUGGAUGCCUUAAAUAUCAGAAGGGACCCUGGAAUGAUCCAGAAAUAAUGAAACUGGUGCAUUCACAAGAAAUUAUGUAUAUGAAAAGAACUACAAGCUCUUCUGAUUGCGAAGAUCUUAAAAGCAAAUUAUUUGCUAAUAAGGCUACUAGGAAUGACAUGGUUUUUGCCGACGUGGUUCCUGAUUUAGACGGCCAAAUUCCUAACAUUACAGUGUCAGCGGAUAAUAAUGUAAUAUUGGGCGAAACUUCGUGCAUUGGCAACCCAGUGGAAAUAGCGAGAAUUAAUGCUAAAGCUGAAGAGGCUAAUUUAAAAAAUCAUGCAUUUGGAAAGAGCGAAGAAGCGAGGUCUCUGAAAGUCAUUCCUGAUGUGAGAGGUUUACCAGUUGGCUUUGUAUUCAAAUUUUUUGCAUGUCUGCAAAUUUUAUUUCGCUCCUUGGGAAAACUUUGGGCGCUUAGACCAAAAGAUAAUCAGCCAAAGGUGCAGUGCGAGCCUAUUGAUUUAGCUGCUAGCCAGUCAGAGCCAGAGUCUGAGCAAGAGCCAGGUUUCGAAAGUCCAGCUGUUGUUCAGAAGAUUGAGGACUCUCUGCUUAAUCCUUGCUGGAAAAGGCUUCAGCAUUUAGAGCAGAUGGUGACAGACCUCGUAAAUAAACCUACAAGAAUCCCUCCAGAUAAAGAGGCAACACUUGUUGAGUCAUUAAAAAGAAUCAAAGCUAUAGAGUAUGACUUGCAGAAGACGAAGAAGGCCCUGUUUGCAACAGCAUCAAAGCAAGUAGAGCUUGCUGAGUCACUGGAAAAUCUAAGGGAAAGCAGCAUGCAUAGACCAACAUGUUGGAGGAGAAGUUGGAAACCUGCCCCUUCAGAAAGUCGAUAGGAUGGAUCAAAAUAGUAUUAUGUGCGUGUUUUUACUUCCUUCAACAUUGAUGUUGCUGACUAAUGACUACAAAUUCUUACAGCUGGUAUUUUUAAUUUAUUGCUCCGACUGCUCGAGCGGACUCCAGUACAGUGCAGUCAUUUCACAGAAUUGUGUGUAUAGCUAACUAGAUUUUGCUUGUGUGUAUAGAUCGGCCAUACAAAAUUUAAAGCUAGAGAAUUUAGAUUAGGAUUGAAGGGAACAAUACAUAAUACCGUUUUCAAUAAAAACGAGAGAAUAACAAGAUGUAACAAUAGAUAUGGCCUAAUUUUGUACUGUAUUAGAAUUGGAAAUGCUAUAAAACAUGCAAGGGGAUAGGAAAUAAAUUCCCCUCUUUUUUUUUCUUUCAUUA